GUUGCACAACUAAACUUCACGCUCUCGGCUCAAUCAGAAAGUGAAAGGCUGCUUGCCCGGGUUGCCACUUCACCAGAACUUUGUCCGUUGAACUUUGUCAUCAGACUACAGGCGGAAAGCCUCAAAUCUCCGAGGAUAAGGCCAGGGUCGUUAGUCCGGCGCCGGGUGCGGUGCUACGUCGCGAUCACGUAUUGAUCACGUAUCGAUCUCUAGUCCCGGAGGUGAGAUUGUCGGGCAAAAACCACUCGCACGCUCGCUGCAUGACCUGCGCUCAUUUUCUGGAACCUUCGGCCCACACCUGUGUAAACUCCUCACAUUACAACUCGGGAUAAGGUUUCACCCGAUCUUUCUGGCCGAUCUCUGAGUCUGUGCCACGGCGAUCGACCAAUCACUCACUCACCCUCACCUACCCAAGUUGAUCGACUGUAGGUCAGUCCCUCAUUCGCACGUGUGUGGAGCCCGAGUGCAGACAGACGACAGUUGGAACCUACGAAGUGUGAAGUUUCAAGACAUUAGUCUCCCCCUACCCGUGUAGUCCCCACUGAGCGUCAGAUCCCGCUGACUGCGUUUGACGCGCGAGAUUUCAGGAACGCAAGAACUGAUUCCCUCAGACGGCGAGGGACGGUGGAUGUAAUCAAGGUGCUUACAGGUGACAGCUGCAACGAUGUAAUAAAAGUACUUACAGGUGACAAGUGCAACCAGAAGUGACAGGCGCUACCUCAAGAUCUCGUUGAAGUGCGGCCCUCGGGAUCUUGCGUCAAGGGGGCGCCACGUCCAGCGGCAAGUGCGCCAUGACGUCAUAGCCUGGUAUAUACGCUGUGGACAGGUGUGGAGGUGUCUGUAGGAGUGUUACCUGCACUCCACUCACAGCUCCUGACAACACCUGCAGCUUGAGACGUCUGUGACAACGUGCGACAGGUGAAGACUGACGGCCCGCAAGACCUUAAGAGUCGACCGUUGACAAUUAAGUGGAAUCUUAAACACCCUCGACAGGCUCAAGAUUUCAUCGACAGACCUGUCGUUUCUUUGACACCACCACCUACCUCACUGUGGUACCCAUUGUGCACGGGAACAUGAGGGGGGUGAAGCACCCGUCUUCUUUCAACCAUGAAGUGGAAUUUAUCUACUGAUGUAUCGUCACUUGAUGAUUUUAACAAACACAACACGGCGUUGGCGGAAUUCUUGAUUUCAUCUGCGAUUACCAGUUUCUCUUAAAGCUGCCAUCAAGCGAGUCGUUUGCAUGGUUUGCCAAAAGUACUAAACUGGAUUCUGCCAACAAAUUCUGCUUUUUUUUUUUAAUCUCAAGGACUUACAUGGGGAAGCAGCAUUAAUGGAUGUUCACAAAGGUUUUCCCGAGAGUUCCAUGAGAAUAUAACGCCAUGCUAAUGGCAGACUCUUGUCACCCCGCGGUGCUCAAUCUCCUCCCCUUUACCUCCAAUGACGCCAGCAACGCCAAGGCCCUCCUCAGUUCGGGCGACCUGUACGCUCGGGAGGACAUCCGGGUCUUUCCCGUGCUGGCGGUGACCCGCAGGAGACGUAAGGACAACGAUGGGAUGGCGUCGAACCCCGGCCCCAGGCCGACAGCCAUGUUGGACAGCGAUUCGUUUCGUCCGACACGAGUCUCCUCGGAGCGUUGCAGCAGACGACAGACGACUGACGAUGACCUGCUCAAGGCCGCCAGGCCGCGGGUCAAAUCGGAGUACGACGUGCAGCGCAGUGUCGCCGCGGACUCUUUACCACGUGAUCCAGCUACUUGCGCCGUCGCCAAUAUCAACGAGCGAAUCGUGGCGCUGCGCGCCAGCCCUCGAGCCGAGGAUGCCAGGAGGCAAGGACAGGGUCACGCCUGGAUGCCUCUCGACGGCGUGGGAGCCGCUGGGGUGGAAGGAGUUCACCCGCCGCCACACGGGUGGACGUUGCCCAAGCCGGCGCUCACCUCCAGCAUGAUCGCUUUCAACGGUGACGGCGUGGACAGAGAUGAGGUGGACGGCAAGCACCCGUUAUUGAGGCAUCCGCUGUGGAGGUCCGUGACUCUUACUCCGGGAGAGCUGGACCUCAUGAAACACAGAGAACACGUCAAGGGCCUCCAGGUUUAUCGAGGCAUCCCCACCACCAGCAGCAGCAACAGCAAGUUGUCUGGAUCCAGCAAGAGGUUCAAAGGAAGUAAGCUGAACGUCCGUGACCUGCCCCGCAGCACGACACCGCUCAACGACCACGACCCUGACAGGCUCAACAUGAAGCAGGUCAUCGCCUUCCUGCAGUCCACGGGUGCGUCAGUCGCUGACGCCGUACAGCUGUCCAGCGACCCUGCCGCGACAGACGACAGCUGCAGUGCCCCCUCGCGGCGACCUAGCAAAGUAUUAGUCUCGCGCCGCGGCGUCAGCCAAUCGUCAGCCUCCUUAUCCUUGGGGGCAGAGAGGGCGGACGAUGGCGCAGGCGUGCUUCCUUCUGUCACUUCCGGGAGACGAGCAGGAGACGGUGAGCAGCCCGUGAGCCGCAAGGUCAGGGACGGGCAAAGUGAAAGGUCCCAGCAUGCACCUCUUCCCGACAAAGCCAAUGUUUCGCGGUGCGGCUCGGCGGAUGCGCGUGGCGAGGUCACGACGCGCAAGCGACAGCAGCAGCAGCAGCGACCCUUCAGACUGCAUCGGUUUUUGACGAUGGUGCCUGCGCCCAACGAUGAAUUUCAGCAGGCAACGCACGUGCCUAGCAACCUGCCAAACUCCCGCCUCGUGAGGAAACUUCGAGGGGAUGCGGCGCCCGACAAACCCGUGCCGGAAGAGUGCGUCAAGCGUCUGAGUUCGUUUGGUAGACAUCACCCUCUGCUGCCGGACGUGGACAGCGGCGCCACCUGCGCAUCGUCUGCUGAGGCCAAGUUCACGUACCGACUGUCGUCCCGGAGGCCGACUUCCCCGGAUGUUACACUGAAGGAGGAUCCUACCCAGGUCGAUGGAAUUUCUGCUGGCUCCGACGGCCCUAGGAGGACUGUUUUCGAUGACCUUUUCGACGACAAGAACGUCAUCAGGCUUCCCAACGUGCUGGUCGACUCCGACGAAGAGGAUGGGCUGGGCGAGGAAAAUGUCAGCUUUGCGAACACCCAGAAGCCGAAGCCCAAAAUGGCUGCCAGCCAGAUUCCUGCUAGGAAAACUACAACAAAGACUAUAUCCGUCAACAACCGUUCCGAACACAAGCAAGAACUGUCGGCACAGCGGUCCUACCUCUCAAACGUGGACCUGGUUGCGUCACCAAACCGGUCUCCCGCGAGGUGUGACGUAGCCAACGAGCGUCACGACACCCACGCGAUUCAGAAAGAGCCCGGAAGUGAUGUGACUGAAGACAGUAAAGAAAAGCGAUUCCAGGAGACAGCACAGGAGAGAGCGACGACUAGCUGCACGAGGCAGGUGAGGAUCAAACUGCCCCGCGAGUCGGACAAGGAGGAGAAGUCCCUGGUUCGAAAACACCCUCCAGACAUCGUCACCCUCUCGCUUCGCAAAGAGAGAACGCGCACGCGCGAACACACCUACAUGUCAGACAUUGCUGGAAGUAACAAGUCGGAAGGUGCGCUCGGACCUGCACAAGUGACAUAAAGAUGACAGUAAGAAGACACCUCGCCACCCCGCCACCCAGCCAACUUUCUCAACCUGUACCGUAGUGCUGUCUAAAUAGGGUGUAUGUGACAAGGGUAACGGGCAAAGAUUCUUUGGGGUGAACUAGCAUACCCGGGGUCUGGACAGUGCGUUGUAAUUACGUAAACAAGUAGUCUGUCCUUGGUUUCCCCAUUUUAUCCUUUGGCCAAGUCGUAUCCUCCCUUUAUGAGUGUGGUCCCUAAUGUUAGGACUGCCACGGCAGUGGUAGGCGGUAGUGGUGGUGGUGGAAUACCCUUGACAGAUCGUAUGCCAUAUGCAGGGGCGGCUCUAGGCUCGUGGCGGCCCUGGGCAGAGAAUCUGUGGCCCUUUUGCCCUCCAAUGUCACGAAAACAAGUGGCGGCCCGUCAUAUUCUCAUACUCAGACUCCACGUGCAUACAGCUUACUGCUCCGACUCUAGAAACAUUAAUAAAUACAGCGGACUAAUUAAUAAGAAACAAAGUGUUUUUCUGUCACAUUGUUAACUGUGUUGUUAUUUUCUUUUUUAUAUUUAAUAAAUAUUGGCGUGGCCUGGGAUUUGGCGGUCCUGCGCAGGUGCACAGCUUCCACAUGCCUAAGGCCGUAAGUCUCUACAUCAGCU